AUGUCUGGAAAACGCACAUCAAAAAAAGAGAUUGACGAUAGAAAGAACACAAUACCUUCGAGGCCUCCUUUGAAGAAGAGGUUUGUAUCAGGAUCUACAGCAUCGGCUGCCAGUGCAGUGCCCUCCAUGUCUAAAAGACCAGAGCUGAUCACUACGCUUCCUGAUCAUUUAUCGAAGAAGGAGCUCUUGGAACAUAUGUAUUCUGUCAAAAAUGCUUAUAUCCAAGAGAAGCAGCACUUGAUUCAAUUGAAAGAGAGCAGCAUAGAAACAAAUGCGCUGUAUGGUAUGGUUCGGUUGCAAUUGGCCAUGCUCUGGGAUGAAUUUGCUGCAUUUCCUGCAAUCACAAUGCCUGAGAAAUGUGAUGAUGGCAACAUAGUGAAUCAAUUAAAGCUGAUAUGUCUGCAGAUAACCGAACAUAUACAGGCAUGGAACGCACACACUAGACAGCUUACAUCUGACAAAUUUCGACAUGCAGAUCCAAAUGAACAGAAUCAAGCCCUACUGAAUUAUCUGCAAACAGAUAUCGAGCAACUUCAAACUAGCGAUCCAGAGAGCAGAAUACAGCUCUUACAGCAUGACAAUGAGAGCAAAUCCAAUAUGAUUACAAGUAUCUCCCAUGAUAUCCAGACUGUGGUGGAGCAACUGGCCAACUCCAAUGAUGCGUUAGAGGAUUGCUUGCAGGCUAUUGGUGCUAUACAAAAACGUCAAGACCGACUGAAUAGCAGCGUUGUGGCCAAUGUGACUGAAACUACAUCUACUACGGCUGCUACUAAAGACGAGAGAGCCAGCGUGGAGCCAUCAGCAGAGCAGCAACCACCGCAGCGUACACAAAUGGAUGAAUUGCAAGAGUGUCAGCAAUUAUUGGAUGCUCGAACGCAAGAACUGGCCAAGAGUCGGCAAGAAAAGGAUCAGCUGCAUACCAAACUGGAUGAUCUGCUGGAUAGAUUCUCGCAAUUAAGCAGUGAUUACAUUAAAUCCAAUUCAAUUUAUGUCAAUCACCUGCAAUCCAUGAUUGAGUUGGAGUACAGGUUGAUAGACUAUUACGAGCAAAGGAGAGAGAGUCUCAUCAAAGAAGAAGACAGUUUCACAAAAGAAAGGAGGCAAUUGAUUAAUCAACAGAAUUCGGAAAUGUCGUCAAGGGAGGUGACGCUGGUUACCGAGACGAAGCGCCUGCAAGAGACCUUGCUUCGAGUGCGCAAUCAACGUGAUGGCUUACAGCAGGAUAUACAGAGCCGCACAAUAGAGGAAAAGCAGGUUUCGGCGUACAAUGACCAAAUAAUCCACAUUGCCGAGAAGCACAAGAGUCGCAUGAUUGAAUUAGAACAAGAUGUAUUACACAAACGCCAAGCAACAGAUACAACGACGCUAUUACCACAAGACUAUCUAAACUAUCGACGGCUGAAAUUGCAGAUAGAAAAAACACAUGGCAUCUUGCAUACUUUGCGACACCUUCAACAACAACAACAACAACAACAACAACAACAACAACAACAACAACAACAAACAGAGAACAAUCAAAUGGACGUGGCACCUUACAUGGCAUCACCGCUUAUGAAUACGUUGAAUCAGCUCAUGGACGAAAGAAGCCAGCUGGAACUGCUGAUUGACUUUUACCAGAGAACUGAGCCGGGCCUGUAUGCGCAGAUGGACUAUGAUAUCAGUGACAUUGGACAGCGUAUUCCCAGUAUUCAGCAUCGCAUUGACGAUAAGCUCUCCUAUCAACAGAAAUUGCAGGCAGAGAUAAACAAGUUUGUGUCAAAGAAUGCCGAGUUGAUGGACAAGAAGCACGAAAACGAUGUGAAAUAUGCACAGCACCUACAACAGAAUCAGUUACAUGAGAAAUCCAUCUCGCUCUUGGAUGAGAAAAUAGCAUCGAUCGAGGCCAACGUCACGGAAAAGGAGACACUUAUCAAGCAAGUGGACGCCAAUGUAGAACACUAUCGACUGAUGUUUGACGAUAUCUCUCAAGAGUGCAAUGGGUUGCAAUCCAACAGGCAACGCCUUGAAGCACAUGUCAUGCAACUGCAAGACCUGGCCAGGGACAAGAUGAAGAUGCUAGAACAAGAGACACUGAAUGUCCAGCAAGCCAAGAAUGAGUACGAGAAGAUCAACAAACAAUGGAAUUUGAUUCAGCAAGGGGAGAAUCCAGCCUCUCAGGAAUUGGUGGACGAGGUAGAAGAACUUCGUUCCUACUUUAAAUGCAGCACUUGCAAGACUCGUCGCAGGGAUUGUAUCUUGACCAGUUGCAUGCACACCUUCUGCCAUGAAUGUAUUCGCAUUCGCUUAGAGACACGGCAAAGACGCUGUCCGUCGUGCGCCAUUACGUUUGGUAAUUCUGAUGUGAAGGGCAUACACUUAUAUGGCAAAUAA